AUGAGUAGGAUUAGAUUAGCCAAUGUUAUUUUCAAGUUCAUAUGUGAAAAUACCAACUUGCCUAUGGCCGCCCUAUUCCGCUCGCCCGGCUACGACGCUGAGCUUCGAAGGAAAAGAACCUGGGCCCUCUUGGCGCUCGCUCUCGCGCUCUCCAUAACGGCUUUGCCCCCUCCCUCCCGCGCCGACGUUGGGCAGCCCGACCACUACAACGCCAGUGCCGCUGGCCUGCAACUCGAGGCGCCUUUGAAUGAGCUGAGCCGGAACUCUGUCGUUGAAGACGACGAGCGCUUAGAGUACCUCGUCUCUGGCAGGAUCACGGCGCUGGCGGAGGCGUGUGACGAGGCUGAUGCUGCGGCAGUUUGCGCCGACCAGGGGCAGGGCCAGUGGUAG